UAAUAUGAUGCAGGACAUGUAUGACUUUCACAUUGCUAGAGACUAAGCAGCUGAGCAGAUCGUUCUGAGCAAACACAAAGCUAACGGAAGACACUAGACAUGCCUUUGAUAGGCCCUAAACCAAAGCCUGGUGAUUUGAUUGAAUUUCAUCGAGUAGCCUAUCAGCAUUGGGGUGUGUAUGUUGGAAAUGAAUAUAUUGUACACUUAACAGAUCAGGAGGGUUGGUCCAACUUCUCUUCUGCUUUAGAAGGAACAGCUGUGGUGCGAAAGGAACGUUUGGAGUCUGUCGCCGAUGGAUGCAACUAUAAUGUGAAUAACAAGUAUGACAGCAAAUGUUCACCUUAUCCAGCUCGAAAAAUUGUCAACGCAGCAUUGCAAGAAGUUGGGAAGAGGAAGGACUAUAGCGUCACUAGUGCCAACUGUGAGCACUUUGCAACUCAUCUGAGAUACGGCAAACAAUUAUGUGAUCAGGUGGAUAACGCAGUGAUGUAUGCAGCUGGAGGUGCGGCUAUUGCUGCUGCUGGAAUUCUUGCAGUAGUUGCAAUAUCUUCAAUGAGAAGUAAUCGUCAGAAGCAGUGAGAAACCCGGGAACCUUAAGGGCUCAUUCACACAUAUUCUGGUGACUGGUGUUUGUCCGCACUGGAUAAAUACCAGUCACUGCUAGGCCACAUAAAAACAAUUGUUUUCCUUGCGCCCCAUUCACAUUGCAACACAGCCAGGAGGCGCAGUGAGCUGCUGU